AAGCCACCAAGCCAAGCCAGAAGAACGGCCAGUGCGGCUGCCGGCGUUGAAACUGUUCGCUUUUCCUGCAUUGCGUCCAUCUCCAAGCGCCAAGAAAACAACGUUCUAGCUUCGCCCUUGGCGACAUCAAACCAGAUGUCAUCUCUCUCGAACUAUGCCAAGCGCAUGGCGCGGCUGAGCGCCCGUAUCUUCGGCGAGGUGGCUCGCCCCACGAGCGUCAAGUCCCAGCGCGUGGUCACUCUCUUCAGCGAGCUUCCUAACGACCUGAACCCGGACAUCGUUGCCUGGUACCCUCCGCACCAUCAGCUGACCACGCUCAUGUUCCGACUCCGGAUGCACGGGCUCUACAGAGACGAGCACCAGGACUUCAAGGAGGAGAUGCGGCGACUUCGACGCCUGCGCGGCAAGGGCAGACCGAAGAAGGGCGAGGGCAAGCGGGCCACGCUCGCCAAGAAGUGAUCAUCAGAAGAACUAGGCUCUGGUAACUAGGAGCUUUAGCAUCACAUCUUCCUUCCCAACUUCAUUAUGUUUUUACGAAGUUUAUUCGACCCUACGAGAUAAACGUAAAAUAAACAAGCCGUAAAACA